AUGACUCUUCAGUGGACGGCAGUGGCUUUUUUUCUUUAUGUACAGAUAGCCUUCAACAUCAUCCUGUGUGUCCCAUUCAUAUCACCACAAAGAUGGUGUUUGAUUUUUAGUUGGAGAAUAUGGAAGUGGUUAUCACAUUACUGGAACAAGUGCUUCUUCACCAUAAUCAUGGUUCUCAUAGUUCUUUUCCUCGAUGCCGCUCGUGAAGUACACAAGUACUCAUGCCCCGAACCCAUGCAAGAGGAUACGGUGAACUCCAAUCUCUUCGAUCAUUUUUACAUGAGGCUUUUCAGAGCUCAGAGGAACGUCUACAUCACAGGCUUCUCACUUUUCCAGUGGCUUAUUAUGUGGCGGAUCAUCAUCUUGCUGAAGAAGGUGGCUCUAGCUAUAGAGAAUAAUGCAGGUCUCCAGGCGCAGAUGGAGAAUGCUGCCAAAGCUGCCGAACAGCAUCAAGAGGAAAACCGUCGACUCAAACAAACUCUUGUAGAUGAGGAAAAAGUAAUUUCGGAAGACAUUCUGCAGCUAAAGCUUGAAGUUGAGAGCCUCUCAAGUCAGUUGGAAACAGCAGAAACUGCAGUCCGCAAGUCCCACGCUGAAGUUGAGGCCAUGAAGAUGCAGAUCAAGGAUCUGGCCAAGGAAUACGAACGACUGUUGAGCGAGCAUCAUCAGCUCCAGAAUCUUCAGAGUGCAGCAGACGAAAAGAUCCAAUGA